CACUAUUGAUGUAGGCACUAAAUUUUAAUUCAUUUAGAUAAGUCGCUAAUAAAAAGAGAAUUGAUAAAUUUUGGUAUAUAAUCUACAUACAUUGGACCAAUGUCAUUAGUAGCAAAAAAAGCAUCAAACAUAUUAUGAAAUUCUUCAUCGUGCUCGCAUUCGUCGCAGCCGCGUCCGCGGUCCCAGCCUCACGUUUCAUCCAGGUUGGCCCAGCUAUUGUUGCGCCAGAACAAGGUAUUGAAGUCGGACCCGCUAUUGUGCAACCAGAUGGAAUUCAAGUUGGACCUGCUAUUGUCCAACCCGACCAAAUUCAAGUCGGACCCGCUAUUGUCCAACCAGACGGAAUUCAAGUAGGACCCGCAUUUGUCAAACCAGAAGAUAUCAGUGUUGGACCCGCACUUGUCAAACCAGAAGACAUCAGUGUUGGACCCGCAGUUGUCAAACCAGAAGACAUCAGUGUUGGACCCGCAGUUGUCAAACCAGACGAAAUCCAAGUGGGACCCGCAAUUGUCAAACCAGACGAAAUCCAAGUUGGACCCGCAGUUGUCAAACCAGACGAAAUCCAAGUUGGACCCGCACUUGUCAAGCCAGAAGACAUCAGUGUUGGACCCGCACUUGUCAAACCAGAAGACAUCAGUGUUGGACCCGCAGUUGUCAAACCAGACGAAAUCCAAGUUGGACCCGCAAUUGUCAAACCAGACGAAAUCCAAGUUGGACCUGCAGUUGUAAAACCAGAAGACAUUAGUGUUGGACCCGCACUUGUCAAACCAGAAGAUAUCAGUGUUGGACCCGCAAUUGUCAAACCAGACGAAAUCCAAGUUGAACCCGCUGUUGAGCCCGAAUAUGAAGGAAUCAACAUCGGACCAGCCUUCGUUGUACCUGGAACGCCCGUUGGACCCGCUGGUCUUCCUUUCGGACUUAAAACUCCCCUAGUCCAGAUCAUCGUAAACGUUGACUCUAGCUCUGACUCCGUCACCGUCGAACAAUUGGAACCAACCCCUGGAGCUAUCGAAGAUGUUGAAAUCAUCAAGCCAGACCCAGUUUCAGUCGUUGAGGGAUUCGAAGCUGAGCCCAUCAGCAUUGCUGACCCCAUCUUUCCUGACGUUGCUGCCAACCUCCCUGAACAACUCAACUAAACAUAUAUUAAACCAUAUCAUCAAAUACCUGUAUAAUUUAGUUUAAAACCAGUAAUAUGGAAUUACUGAAACGGUUGCUUUGAAAUAUAAAUGUUUAUUACUAUAA